UUUUUUUUGAACUCUUCAUGACCGAUCAAGCCAAGUCUAUUAUAUCAUUUGAUACUGUCUACAGCGCAGAUUCGACAGAAUUUUGUCCAUUUAAAGAUCAUAGUAACUAUUUAGCUUGUGGUACUUAUCAAUUGACGGAUGAAAAAGAUCAGCAAGAGUCUCGAAUACGAAAAGGAAAACUGUAUCUCUUUGACGUGUCUUGUAUAGAAAACAGUGGAAAUGAAGGAACUGAUUUAUCUUUGAUUCAAAAGCAAAUGAUUGAAACACCAGCUAUUUUGGAUAUGAAGUGGUGUCAUUCUCUUAUCGACAAUGAUCAAGUUCUUGGUGUAGCGGAUUCUAUUGGUGGUCUCACUCUGUAUGCUCUCCAGACUUCUGAAGACAAUGUAACCAACUUUGUACAAAAACAACAUAUUCAAGUGACAGAAGAUCAUUCCAACUUGUGCCUUUCUUUGGAUUGGUCUACACGACGGUUUCCCGAAUCUACUUCCACGCAAUGUAUUGUUUCUCACUCGAACGGUGAUCUCUCCUUGGUAUCCAACAAUAAUUCUGAAUGGCAAGUGAUGGAAUCUUGGCAUGCUCACGAUUUGGAAGCAUGGAUAGCAGCAUUUGAUUAUUGGGAUCCACAUCGCAUUUAUUCCGGGGCAGAUGAUAUGAUAUUCAAGGGUUGGGAUACGCGUAUGGGCGUGGAAACACCUAUCUUUAGCAACAGACGACAUGAAAUGGGUGUGACAACAAUGCAAUCCAAUCCUCAUCGUGAAUAUAUGUUGGCAACUGGUAGUUAUGAUGAACAUAUAUAUUUAUGGGAUACUCGAUCUAUUCGGCAACCUAUAGCCAAGGUACAUACUGAAGGCGGAGGUAUUUGGCGACUGAAAUGGCAUCCAACUCAACCUACCACUCUUUUAUCUGCUUCUAUGCAUGCUGGCGCGUUUGUUAUUGAUACUGAUCAAUUGAUGAUUACAAGUCGAUUCCUUGAUCAUGAAUCCAUGGCCUAUGGUGCUGAUUGGUCUUAUCAUUCCUCUUCUUCUGGUGAAACUGAUGAUCUUAUUGCCUCUUGUUCCUUCUACGAUCACAUUAUGCAUCUCUGGAAACCUAUCACUACAAUAACAUCCACCUAGAAUAUUAGAUAUACCCUACUUCAUGCACACAUAUAUAGAUACACGCACAUACACAAAUACACACACACACAUAUAUAUAUAUAUUUAUAUUUAAAUAUCAUCAUCC